UCGGUAACUGAACGUAGUCACAAAUAGUCUCUGAUACUCCCCAGCACGAAUGACUCCCGAGUCCCAGUAAACAGUGAAACCUGACACCCGAUCGUCGCCUGCUCUACCUGUCCUGUGGUUUUCUGUGACUCACAGGCGCCGGCAGUCAAUUGAGAAUAAAUAAAUAGUAAUAAAAUAAGAUCAUUUCUGUACACUAGUAGGUGACAACUUUGGCAUAGAACCCGGACAAUCUGCUCUUGUCCUCAUAGUAUUGGAAAAACGUUUACUAGUAGCCUACCACACAGCUGUUCUACUAUAGUGCAUAGUCGUUUUACUAGUGUGCUGAAUUGUCUUAUUAGUGAGGACAAAGAGUGUACUACUACAUAGACCAGAAGCUGGAUAACAAGGAUAUGGACUAAAGGUUCAAACGGCUUUCCAUACGCCACCUGCCCUCUGCUUUGACUCACUGGCAACACGCCGCUUUCCCCUAUCGACUCCAUCAUAGCCGGAAAUGACGUCACACAUCAUGCGAUAAUAAUAUUGUUAUUGUUAGCUUGCUAGCUCGCGAGAUGGCGACAUGACAGCGUAAUAACGACGUCUUAUUACACGUCUAUCCUAAGGUUAUUACCAGCGUUCAUCUGAUUUUGGCGAUGGAGAACGGAAACAGGUCUGAUGCUGCAUCCACAUCCAAGAACCACACAGGCACUCUACACCUACAGAUUCCAAAAAAUGAAGACAAUUAUGAAAUAGCCAUGCCGCUGGAGGAAAACAACUUUGAACAGCAAGGAUUUUUCAACCAAAGUGACCAAAAUUUUGAAGAGUCGCCGCCAUCUGCUGGCCCUUCUCACGUCAACAGCUCCUACAUGGUGAUCACCAACCUGCGGACACAGCUGCAGAUUUCUCUGGAGAAAAACUCCUGGCUUCAGAAAAGAAUUGAAGAUCUGGAAGAGGAGCGGGAUUUCCUGCGGUGCCAGCUUGACUGCUUCAUCUCGUCCACAAAGAGCCAGCGACAAGAUCAGGGCCAGUACAGUAACGGUUACGAGUCAAGACGAUUCUCUUGGAGGGGAAGAAGAGAGGAUGAGCGUCCUGCUGAGCAACAGAGGACGGACGCAGCCCACUUACCCUCUCGCCAGUUUCUCCAACGAAGGCCUGCUGCUCCAUCUGCGGCUCCCUCCAAAAACCACAUUUCCAAUCCAAUCAGCAAUCAGAUGGCCUCCAUGAAUGCACUGCUCACCUCGGCACAAUCCGUGGCCCUCCUGCAAGGUCUCACUUCUGCUGGGAAUUCAGCCGGUGGCAGCGGCGCCAACAGUGCUCCAAGACCACUGAUGAACGACUUGAAUGGCAAUCGAAAUUUAACUCCAGAUUCGCUUCCACUCUUGGGAGAGUCAGAUGAGUACUUGGAGCAUGAUGGCUACCUAGAAGAGGAGGAAAUGAUAUCAGCGGAGGGUGCCAUGCAAGAUCCCAUUAACAGCAACAAACAACAAGUCAAGAGAAGGCGGAUCCGAGGCCUUCGAGAGAGGCAGAGAGUAAAAGACGCUGCCGGAGUGCUUUUCCGCUACAAAAAGAUCCUCAUCACAUACCAACGUCUGAAAAACAUGUCCAAGGCAUUUCAAAUCCACGGUGUGGACCGCAACACGGUGGCUUCCACCACGCCCAUCGCCGAGCUCCUCCUGGUUGCUCCUGAGAAGAUAGCGGUGGUGGGAGAGUUUGACCCGUCCAAAGAAAAGCUUCUGGACUACGCUCGCCGCUGCUACACGGCGCUGGAUGACGAGACGCUGAGUAGGGUACAAGCCCUGAAGAAGAACAACCUGCUCCUGCCCAUUGCCUACAGGUUCAGACACUGACACAAAAACCAUGUCAAUGACAAGUGGAGUAGAUGGAAGGAAGUCCAUAGCCGUUGAGCAGGAUUUUGUUCUCUUAGGCCUGAUUGACUAAACCCCUCCACACCAAGCGGCUUGGUGGAACACAACUGACUGGACAAUCGCGACUCACACCUGUACACUUAUAUACAAUCUAUGUAUACACUGAACAAAAAUAUAAACGCAACACGUUUGUUUUUGCUCCCAUUUUUCUUGAGCUGGACUCAAAGAUCUAAAACUUUUUCUACAUACACAAAAGGACAUUUCCCUCAAAUAUUGUUCACAAAUCUGUGUUAGUGAGCAUUUCUCCUUUGUCGAGAUAAUCCAUCCCAUCUCACAGUUGUGCCAUAGCAAGAUGCUGAUCGGACAGCAUGAUUUUUUUGCACAUGUGUGCCUUAGGCUAUCCACAAUAGAAGGCCACUCUGAAAUGUCUGCACAUUUCACUUUCACUUUUACUUUAUUGUGGAGGUCUGGGGGAUCAGAAAACCAGUCAGCAUCUGGUGUGAUCACCCUUUGCCUCACGCAGUGCAACACAUCUUCGCAUAAAGUUGAUCAGGUUGUUGUGUUUGACCUACGGAAUGUUGGUCCACUCCUCUUCAAUGGCUGUGCGAAGUUGCUGGAUAUUGGCAGGAACGCAAGUCGGUUACGACGACGAACUGCAGUCAGGUCGAGACCCCGAUAAGGACGACAAGCAUGCAGAUGAGCUUCUCUGAGACAGUUCCUGACAGUUUGUGUAGAAAUUCUUUGGUUAUGCAAACCGAUUGUUGCAGCAGCUGUCCGGAUGGCUGGUCACAGACGAUGUUGGAGGUGAAGAUGCUCGAUGUGGAGGUCCUGGGCUGGUGUGUUUACACGUGAUCUGCAGUUGUGAGGCCGGUUGGAUGUACUGCCCAAUUGUCUGAAACGCCUUUGGAGACGGCUUAUGGUAGAGAAAUGAAUAUUCAAUUCACAAGCAACAGCUCUGGUGGACAUUCCUGCAGUCAGCAUGCCAAUUGCAGGCUCCCUCACAACUUUGGCAUUGUGCUGUGUGAUAAAACUGCACAUUUCAGAGUGGCCUUUUAUUGUGGCCAGCCUAUGGCACAGCUGUGCAAUAAUCAUGCUGUCUAAUCAGCAUCUAGAUAUGCCACACCUGUGAGGUGGGAUGGAUUAUUUCGACAAAGGAGAAAUGCUCACUAACACAGAUUUAAAAAAAAUUGUGAACAAUAUUUGAGGGAAAUGGCCUUUUGUGUAUGUAGAAAAGGUUUAAGAUUUUGAAUUUCAGCUCACGAAAAAUGGGAGCAAAAACAAGUGUUGCGUUUAUAUUUUUGUUCAGUGUAUGUAUAUAUAUAUAUAUAUAUAUAUAUAUAUAUGCGACUAUGCGGUGGCCUACUGUAUACUCAACUCAACUUUAUUUAAAGAGCCGUUUAAAAACUGAACGUUUUUUUUUUUUUAAUUGAACUACAAACAACAUGGCGUGAUUGUCAAGGAAGAGGCGGAUUGCCCUGGCUUCUGUCGCUAUAUCAUGAUAAUACAAAGAGUGGAAAUGGGUGAGAAAUAAAGGAGAGGGUGUGGAUAUUUAAGAGGCUGUUGGCAUUGCCCCAUUUAUUGAUUGCACUUGAGCAAUUCAUCGACAGACUCUCCACCCUUCGCUUUUAACCACGAGUUCAUAUGAAAUUAGAAAUGUCAUUUUGUUGUGAAAUCACACGUGUUACAACAUCACAUUUUUAAACGACAUUGCACCAUUCACCUGCAAUUCCAAUUUCGAAUCGCACGAAACCUAGUGGCCGAUGGUCAGCCAUUCAUGAAAGUUGUUCCAGAACCCUGCACACCGCAUGACAGUCAGUCACGUUCGGUCGUGUCGCUCUGUGUGGCAGGCCUAAAGGUUUGUGCCUGUACAAAUAGGCAAAAACUUGAUUGUGCAUGCUAACAGAUCACUAUCACUUCAAACAUCAUUUUGCAUUUGCGGUGCUAUAGAAAAGGUUCCAUGGUGAAAAUCAUCAGAGCUACCUAAAGUGCAAAACGCUCCUUUAAAUAGGGCGGUCUUCUUUUAUACCUGUGGUGUAAAUCUAUUGAAUUUAAAUCUAGUAAAUCUAGUGAAUUUAGCCUCCGCUUUUCUGGGAUCUUAGUAAGUCAGGCCCCUGGUGUGGCGAAAUCUUUUUUUCCCUUCAGACAAACUUGUUCGUGACGAGGAUUUUUUUUAUCUGUGCAAUAAAAUGUGACUAUUAGUGUCAGCGUUUGUCUUUUAUGUAAAAAUCAUGUUCGUUCCAUUAACUCCAUAUGUGAUGUAUAAACAAUCUCUUUGCAGUAUUAUUGUCAUAUUUGGAUACAAUCAGCAAACAUCUGUGUCAUUUUUCAAAUUUGGACUGCUAUUUUUUUUUGCUUCAUAAUUGUCAGGAUCAACAAGCCUUUAUUUAUUGUUAGUGUUUUGUGUCUACUUGGUUUUUUUUGUCAUUCAUCUUCAGUUAUUCUACCUUGCCUUAAUUUAAGUUUUGUCUCUUUGAAUUGUGUACCCUUCUUAUGGAUUCAAAUACUGAAUAUCUUCACAUGAAUAUAAUAGAAUACUGUAUAAGCAUCUCCUCUAACAUUUCAGGUACUUAAUCCUAUAAGAAUAUUUUUGAAGAGCUCUUUUCCUGAACAAGACAAAAGCCACAUUUACAAAUGAUGCCACAUGAUGUCAUGUGUACUGACUAUUAACUUUGAUUAAAAUGUUCAGACUGGACCAAAAUAUGGUUUGCAAGCAUACAAUUAAUGUUUGUAAAAUUUGCAGGCAUUAGUAAAUCAUUUGAGUCAUUUUUCUCAAAAUAAUGGAAUAACAGUAUUUUGGGGUGGGGAAAAAAACUACACACUAAGUACUGUGGUUUUUCCACGGUUGUUUUAAAUCGACAUGCAGUUUUUUUGUUUUUGUUUUUUAGAUAAGCUCUCAAAUUUUAAGAGCGGUGGGAUUCAUUUUCGGAGUGCUUCAGCACCCACCAAAAUGGGCUUGAAACACCCAUGGUCCAGGGUGUGCCCUGCCUCUUGUCCAAACUCAGCUGGGAUAGGCUCCAGCACACCGGGACCCUCAUGAGGAUAGAUGUCGCAGAAAAUGGAUCUGGAUGUAAUGAACUUAACAGUUAAAUACAACCGAACUGUACCUGGCUUGUGAUUCUUUCAUGUACCACAGAGAGAGUCUGCGUACCAGAUUUUGAAAAUUCAGAAAAAAAAUAUUUUUAAAAUGUGCAAAAAUGUUUGGCUGGCCUUGUUCUUCUCUUUUUUAAAUUAUGUAUACAGUAUAUAUCUUUACAUUUUUUUGCAAGUACUCUUUAUAUUAAUUCUCAUUAUGGUACUUGAUUUUACUUACA